AUGGAGAGGAGGAAAAAUUUGGAGAAAAGGGCUUCAAUUGACAAUGCUCCAAGAAAACAUCCUUUAAUGAAGACGAAAGGAGUGACCCAAGGUAGAGUAGGAGUAGAUAGCAUCGUUGGAGCAGGCAAGGAGACUCAGCAGUUUGGUAUCUUCAUCGCGUCGGCCCAGGCGCUAGGCGACGCCCUCUAUCCGGAGGAGAGUACAAUCCAAGAACUGUCGAAGAAGUUUUUAGGGAUUUUAAGGGCCGAAGUUUUUAGGGAUUUUAAGGGCCGACUAGCUGGUUUGAUCAAGGCUCUCACCACAGGUUUUCAGAGGUUGAACAAUUUUAUCAGCAAUGUGACCCUGGUGUUGGACCAUCAAAUUUCCAAAUUCAAGGAUGCUGGAGUAUGGCUAGAUGGCAACAAUGUUGGUGAUACUUCAUUUGCUGUUCUGUUCUGUCUGAGCAGUUGGAUCAAUUCACAUUUGCAAGGAGGAGUGCAUGCUCAGCAGCUGGACAGAGAGCUGUUUGAGGACUGCUGUGUUGGUGCUGCUGUAAUGGUGGGUCUGUUGAAGCGUUUUGAGGAAUGCUGUGAUGGUGCUGCUGUUAUGGUGGGUCUUCUGCCAGUGGAAGCUACUACAAAUUUUGGUGUUAUGGUGCUUAAGGCAGUAGUUUGUUGUGAAGGAUUCAGUCCUUUUUGCUUCUUGUAA